AUGCUAACUCUGUUCAGCAACUUCCGUCUUGUUGAUUCAAAGGACAUUCUCAUAACUUUCUGGAAAUGUGUUGAAUUCCUAGAGACUACCGCAAAUUUCAGAUUCCUAGAGUCCUUCCAGGAUCGCAUAAAAAACUGGAAAAACAUAAUUGACGACUUGAGAGAAAUGCGGGGAAGAUAUCUAGAUAAUUCUGUCAUUUCCUUUAUGGAAUACUGUAUCAGCAUGAGAUUGACGUCUCCAUUGCCAAUUCUACCUAGAAAUCCUUUUACGCUUCCAGAGAUGCAAUGGUUGAUUAAGGCAUUUGAGCACGCUUCACCAUAUGCUCUCACGUCAAGCUUAGAAGAGUAUGUCAAAGAAGUCAUCAUGAGUACGCCUAAUUCUUCUGAAACCAAAGAUCAAGUCAAGAAUUACCAUCUGUUUCAUACUAUGAUGGGAAUAAUCAGUCUUGACAAGAAUGACCUUGAGUCUGCUAAGAGCCAUCUUACGAUAGCUGUUGCAUUGGUUGACAUGCUGAAGUGUGCAUUGGAUUAUGCAGUCUUAGAGGAUAUAAGGCUCGACUAUGUUUUGAUGAGGCCAGAAAAUACCAACUGCAUUUACAUUUUAUUGAUUCAAUGCUAUUUGAGAGAGUGGAAGGAAACAGAAUUGGAACUUUUGCAAAGUCAAGGAACAGACCUCAGAGAUAUCACAAAACCGGUUCUCGUACUGAAACUUAGUGAUACCAGUAAGCUUUAUCAUCGGCAGAGUACUUUGAAGGCGAGGGCCACUUUUUCGGAAGUUUUGGCAUUUCGGUCAAGACGUGUUAGAAUCAUGCCAACGGGUGAAAAAUGGUUCAGACUUGAGAAAAAUCAUAUUCUUGAUGCCACCACGGACUAUAUUCUGCUAUCAGCCACGAACUACAAUGAUGAUCCGCAUAAUUCGAAACUUUACGACAAAAUUGUUUGGAGUCUUUUGAUGUGCGGGGAUAUUCACGUUGAUACAAUUCUGUUCUUCGAUUUUCUACGGUUCUACUUCUCCCUGAACAAAGCUUGUCAGCCUGUUGGAGAAAAGUUUAUUCAAAGCAUUGAUGAAUCGUUCAUGACAACAAAAAUUGAGCAGAUAAUAGCUUCUUUAAGGUAUCUCAGGAAUUCCAGCUUGCAUAUCAAAAGCGAUGACACAAAUUUGGAUUACCCAUGGAACUGGUGGCUCAUAUCACCCUGUUUACUUGGAAACAACCCAGAAAAUGUCGUUUUCGAAGACUGCUUGCCAGCGAGUGCAAAAUGGUACAAAAUUCAUGACAGUAAUACAGGUGUUAUGAGUCGCACCAUAACAAACAAGAUAAGGGGAAUUCUCAAGCACGAGACGGGAGAAAUCAAGCAAAGGGAAAACCUACGACUCAGUUUCCAUCUUGUGGAUCUAUGGAAAGAAAAUUACACUGGAUACCACCAAGGAGCUCUUCCAUCAAAAAUUGAAGAGUACUUGGAGCACCAUUACGGUCUGCGUGAUAUUGUUUGA